AUGUUACUGCCUUGGGUUUAUCUUGGUAUCUUAGUAAGUCUGUGGGCUUAUGCUUGUGGUGUUGAUUUCUGCGAGUAUCUUGUUGCAGGGGCGGUAAUGGACCUGGUGAUCCUAGUUACAAACCUUCAAAAAGAAGACAAAGGAUUGAUGGUGUUUGCAUGUGAUGCUUUUGAUCUUCCCAUUCGGAAGGAAAUUAUCCACCGUGUUGUAAGAUGGCAGCUUGCAAAAAGACAACAGCUCCCAAAAGUAUUGGGACAUAACAUAGCAGAGAGGGUUUUGUUGGAUGCUCCUUGUAGUGGUGUUGGGAUAAGCAUAAAAGCUUUAUAUGGUUAUAUUGUCAAAACCUCUAAAGCUGCUAUUGAUGUACAAAACUUCUCACGUCUACAAAAGAAUGAAGAUGUUAUAGACUAUGCACUGAAGAAGAGGGAUGUGAAACUUGUGCCAUGUGGACUAGAUUUUGGACGCCCAAGGUUUGUUCGAUUUAGAGAACGUAGAUUUCAUCGAUCUUUGGAAAAGACAAGACGUUUCUACCCUCAUGUCCAUAACAUGGAUGGUUUUUUUGUUGCAAAGUCGAAGAAAAUGAGUAAUUCAAAGGGAGUUUUUGCAGCUUUUGAAUACUAG